CGCGCCAGCCUGGCCCUCAGCUUCGGGUGCUCAGGCGGCUGCAGCUCAGGAACCGGUGGUUGGGGAGGGGGGGUGGGGGGCGUCAGGCAGGUGGGGCGCGAAAGAGAUGAAUCUUCGGCUCUUCCUCCUCCUCCUCCGGGACCCGCUCUCCGCCUCCCGCUCCAACGCCCGGAUGAUCUGAGCUGCGAGAGCGCCGAGAGCCGGGGGCCCGGACGCAGCCCGGCUCCUCCCCUCCUCCGCCCCCUACCCGGCCAGUCCUGGCCGGCGGCCGCCGCGGUGACCCCCUUCCCGCCCCCUCCCGGGCCGCCGCCGCCGCCGCCGCCUCGGCUGAUCAGGGACCUGUCCGUCCGCGGCUGCUCCGGACCUAGAGGAUCAAGACAUAAUGGGAGCAUUUUUAGACAAACCAAAGAUGGAAAAACAUAACGCCCAAGGGCAGGGCAAUGGGCUGCGAUACGGGCUAAGCAGCAUGCAAGGCUGGCGAGUUGAGAUGGAGGACGCACAUACAGCUGUGAUUGGCUUGCCAAGUGGACUUGAAACAUGGUCGUUCUUCGCCGUGUAUGAUGGGCACGCUGGUUCUCAGGUUGCCAAAUACUGCUGUGAGCAUUUGUUAGAUCACAUCACCAAUAACCAGGAUUUUAAAGGGUCUGCAGGAGCACCUUCUGUGGAAAAUGUAAAGAAUGGAAUCAGAACAGGUUUUCUGGAGAUUGAUGAACACAUGAGAGUGAUGUCAGAGAAGAAACACGGUGCUGACAGAAGUGGGUCAACAGCUGUGGGUGUCUUAAUUUCUCCUCAACAUACUUAUUUCAUUAACUGUGGAGACUCGAGAGGUUUACUUUGUAGGAACAGGAAGGUUCACUUCUUCACACAAGAUCACAAACCAAGUAAUCCUCUGGAAAAAGAACGAAUUCAGAAUGCAGGUGGUUCUGUAAUGAUUCAGCGUGUGAAUGGCUCUCUGGCUGUAUCAAGGGCCCUUGGGGACUUUGAUUACAAAUGUGUCCAUGGAAAAGGUCCUACAGAGCAGCUUGUCUCACCAGAGCCUGAAGUCCAUGAUAUUGAAAGAUCUGAAGAAGAUGACCAGUUCAUUAUCCUUGCAUGUGAUGGUAUUUGGGAUGUUAUGGGAAAUGAAGAGCUCUGUGAUUUUGUAAGAUCCAGACUUGAAGUCACUGAUGACCUUGAGAAAGUUUGCAAUGAAGUAGUCGACACCUGUUUGUAUAAGGGAAGUCGAGACAACAUGAGUGUGAUAUUGAUCUGUUUUCCAAAUGCACCCAAAGUAUCUCCAGAAGCAGUGAAGAAGGAGGCAGAGUUGGACAAGUACCUGGAAAGCAGAGUAGAAGAAAUCAUAAAGAAGCAGGGGGAAGGCGUCCCUGACUUAGUCCAUGUGAUGCGCACAUUAGCGAGUGAGAACAUCCCCAGCCUCCCACCAGGGGGUGAACUGGCAAGCAAGCGGAAUGUAAUUGAAGCCGUUUACAAUAGACUGAAUCCUUACAAAAACGAUGACACAGACUCUACAUCAACUGAUGAUAUGUGGUAAAACUGCUCAUCUAGCCAUGGAGUUUACCUUCGCCUCCAAAGGAGAGUACAGCUCAACUUCAUUGAACCUUUUAAACAUCCAUCCUCCACGUUAAAGAAAGGCAUAUAUGACAUGGGUGAGAGUGAUUACACCAGAGAACUUCAGCAGUACAACAGCUAGCCCAGAACUGAUUUUUUUUUUUUUUGUAAAUUUGAGACUUACGUAAACGUGAUUUCAAACCAUAAUUCAUGUUGUAAAUCAGACUCCAGCAAUUUUUGUUGUAUGAUUUUGUUUUUUGUAAAGUAUAAUUGUCCUUGUACAAAAUGCUCAUAUUUAAUUAUGAACUGCUUUAAAUCACUAUCAAAGUUACAAGAAAUGUUUGGCUUGUUGUGUGAUGCAACAGAUAUAUAGCCCUUUCAAGUCAUGUUGUGUUUGGACUUGGGGUUGGGACAGGGAGAGCAGCAGCCAUGUCAGCUACAUGCUCAACUGUGCAUGUGAUUAUGGAGAACUAUUCCAAACUCUUACAAAGCUGAACAUCCAGGGAGUUAAUUGAAAACUAUCUUAGUUUUAUUGGCAGUGGGAUUGGCAUUGUUGAUAAAGCUGGUCCCUUCAUUUAACUGUCUUUUAGGUUGUUCUCUCUUUGUUGCCAUGAGUAUUGCAGGUAAUACAAUAUAUUCAUAAGAAUAUCAAUCUUGGGGCUAAAAUGCCUUGAUUCUUUGCACCUCUUUUACAAGUCCUUACAUUUAAUUACCAAUUGAUAAGCAGCAGCUUCCUACAGAUAGUAGGAGACUGCCACAUUUUUGCUAUCAUGAUUGGCUGGGCCUGCUGCUGUUCCUAGUAAGAUAUUCUGAAUUCCAUUUUAUCAAUAAAGCUUGAUUUAACAAACAAGAAAUUUAAUCAUGUAUGUGUAAUUCCUCCUUUACCCUGCCCUUUUAAAACACCAUGCCACUGUAAAUGAGAAGUUUCUCAUGGGGAAAGAUGUUAGUCUCUUAAUUGGAAAAUACUGUUACUUAAGGCAUAGAUAGAACUGUUUCCCUUCCAUUAGAAAGACUGAGUUAUGUCUCUGUGGUUCCCUAAUUUGUUUUUAAAUGGGUUUCUUUCUGGCUGCUUAUUUUUUCAUUAAGAUGUGUAUCAGCUUGAGUUUGCCUACUGUUUAAUUAAAGUAAUUGUCAAAUCUUGACAGUCUAACACUCGAUGGUAGGGGUGUGUGUCGUGUGUGUAUGUGUGUGUGUGUGUGUGUGUGUGUGUGUGUGUGUUUGCCUGUGAUUUAUAAUUGGCCCAUGUCUUUAGAAUCCAAGUAGUUAAGAUGUAUUUGUGAUUUGAAAUAUAGCAUGUUGAAUAUAUUUAGCUGUUGGCCUUUAAAAAUAACUUUCAGAAGCUUAAAGAAUUGUAGAUAUAAAAAAACCUAAUUUAAUUUAGGUUUCAAUUCCUCUGAUUAAGCAUGUGAAAGUAAGUUUUAAAUCCUGUCACAUUGAAAAGACUACUGUUCUGUGCCCUUCUGUAUUUUUGUCUUUUUAGGUUGAAUGUUGUAUUUAUCACCAUGUUAUUUAAUCAUUCAGUAGGCAGAUUCUCCACUAGAAAACUAUUAAAAUGUAAGAUUUAAAUACAACACUGAAUACAAAAUCAAAACUUUGUGUAUAAAAGGUAGUAUAAUUUUGUUAUAUUCGUUUUUUCCCUAACUUGGAAAUACACGUAUUUGUAUAUAUAGCCUUAAAACUAAUGUAAAGUUAGGGGAGUAGUGGGAAGAGUAAUGUGAAACAUGUUUCAGAUUUAGGUAGUUACAUAAAGCAGCAAAAUCUUUUCAUUAUCCCUCUUAUUUGUGAGGUGAUUAAAUGUAACUUAAUUGUAUUUAAUUUAUAUCUUAAUCCAGCAUGAAGAAAAAAAGUACUAUUUAUAUUUAGAAAUUCAUAACAGUUGGAAUUAUAGAACCAAUUCCGUACUUAACUUACAAUAAAUGCUUAAUGUCUAAAUCUGUGGUAGAGUGCGAAGUAUGGUAAUGUUCUAAGUUAUGACUUUGCAAGCAUCUAAAUUUAUUGAAUACAUACAUUUAAUGAAUAACAGUGCUUCUAGUAUAGACUGAUUACUAGACAUACUAGUACUGAAAACUAAAUUCCUAUUACAGUUCCUUAAUUGUUUAAGUAGACUGAGGUUUUUAGUUCUGGAAAUUUCAAAAGCUUGAAUUGGAUUUUAAGAUGCAAAAUCUUAAUAGUAAGUAAAAUAUGUGUUGGAAAGCUAUAUUUCAAACCAUAAUAGCAUAUUUAGAGACUUUUUAAAAUUUGAAAGUCUUUAUAAAGAGGUUAAAAUAUUCCUGUUAAAAUUAAUCAGUACAGAAGUUAGUCUUGAAAGUGAGAGAAAACUAUAUUAAGUGUGAUCUAAGAAGACUAAAUCUUUUCCACAUGAGUCAAUAUUGCCAUACUAGGUAGAAUUUUUCAUUACAAAAACACAGGGAGGAAGUACACAUUAUAACGGCAGUCUGUGUGUAUUCUUGAUUCCUGGGGCUAAUGGUGGUGGUGGGGAACCAGCCACACAUUUAAAAGGCACUUUUAGCACCACUGUUGUGCACUUCAUUUUUGUACCACUUAAAUUCUUGACCUCCCACCCUCUUUUGUGUGCUGAUUAGCAUCUCAGGGCAAUGCCUCAAAAUUUUUUGAUGUGUUGUAUUUUCUUUGGAGGGAUAAAGUUCUUUUGUGAUGAUAAUAUACUACUAAAAUGUACUUCCAUUUAAAUAUUUUAACAGGAUGAACCCACUUUGCUGCUUUUAAUAGGAAAUUCAUUUUGUAUAGCAGAUUCUUGUUGUCCUAACAUUAAAAUUUUCACUGAUCUCUUAUUCUUUUAGCAAGGUAAGCUCUCUUAAUUUCCACUUUGUUAGGGAAUAUACUUUUACAGAUAACAGAAGCAGUUCUUAAUAUUAGCAUUAACUUUUAAAAAUCCAAACAGUAUUUUUCUUAUUCAGCUUUAGAACUGUUUCAAACUUAUUUUUAAUUAUGAUGCAUUAACUUGCUUCUAGAGUUCUAUGCAAUUAGUGUACUACUCCAGCCACUUAAUUUUUUUUACUACAUAAUAUUAAGAAAUCUGGAUUAAAGAAUAAAUCAACUAUGUACUUCAAAUAAUCUGAAUUAAUAGCAGUACUUUUGGUGAUUUAUUUGACCAGUCCAGCUAGUAACUCACCUUUUCUACAAUAUAUAUUGCAUUAUCUACAAAACACUGUUCUAGGGUAAGCACCUUGGAACUAUAAAGAAAUGAAUAGGUCCUUGUCUCAAGGAGUUUACAUAUGAAUAGAAUUUAUAAUCUAACGUAUGUUAAUGUUAUAACUGGAUCACUCAUCCAAAAAAAUAGCUGUUGCCCACCUACUGUCUGCCAGAUACUUUCCGGAACAAGGCAGGUCUCUGCCAUAAAAAGCUCAUUUGCAGUUCCUUUGUUCACUUGAAAACUCUUUUUUUCUGUUUAUUUUCUUCUCAAAGUUAAAAAUCUCAUUCAAAAGAAAAUUUUGCUUAGCAUAGUAAUCAAAUUAGACUAAAUAGGCUCACACGUCUAUUCAGUAUGCUUGACUGCCUUGCACGGCUGGCCUUUACUCUUCCUGCUGACAGCAGCACGUCAGAGAAACAGGUAAUGGAUUUCUUAGAAUUCUCCAAUCUCGGAAAUGCUGUUGGAGUUUGAGUUAAGGCAUUUAAAAUAUAUGUGUAUAUAUAUAUAUAUAUAUAAGGCAUAUUAAAAUAUAUAUAUACACACACACACACACACACAUAUAUUUAUCUUAAGUAAAACUGUAUUUUCUUGAAAACACAUUGCCAGUGUUAGUGUCCAAUUUUAGUCAUGUGAUUACUGUGUUUUAACGUUUUAAAAAUAAUUUUACUGCCCAUCUUUACUGGACAAAUUCUUUGGAAAUUCAUUUUGUGAAAGAACUGAUGAAACACAUUACAGAUUUUCUUCGUUCUAUUUUAAUUUUGAAUUUCAUGGUGUGUGCUUUUAAUUCAUGAAGUUUAAAUGAAAGGUUUAAGCCCUUAAUGUUUUGAUUAUUUGUACAGUACUGUGUUAGGAUUUGGUAUUAGAAAAUAUGUAAAUAUUUUAGUAUAUAAAUGUUUUUCAUUUGAGGUUUUUCUUUGAAGGGACCUUUAAGAGCUUCACAUACUUUUGCUUGCGAAUACUGCCGGUGAGAUGACCAUUUUUUAAUUAAGUGAUCUAGUCUUCUAAUGAGUUUUUCUUUUAGGCAUUAGGUAUACUUCUUCAUAGUUUAAAAUUUUAGAAGCCUAAUUUUGCUGAAUUUCCUUCUGUAAUGUGCCAUGAGUUUGGGGUUGUAUCUGUUUUAAAUUUUACGUACAAUACUUCAGAAUAUGCUUGAAAUAUUUAAGGAUACAUUUUCUAAAUGUUAUGAAUAUAUAAUUCUCUUCUGUUGGUCAGAAUAGUCUCUUAUUACUGAUAGAACGCUACACAAGGAUGAUGAGAGGCAUUUGAUUCCACUUUUGUUCACUUUAACACAGAUUUUUUUCUUUUUUACCUCUUUUAUAUAUUAAGUUAGUGGCCUCUGCUCUCAUGUUUUCCUAAUUAUAUUACCAGCAGGUAGGAGUGCACCAGUUAGAAACACUCGGAUAUAUUAAAAUUGAAAAUGUAGUUGACAACAAACUUUUAUUAGAUGGGGGAAAGGGUUGUUUAAAUUGAUAUAACAACAAAGUGGCAUUUUUUCCCCCUCAUCUUGCAGAAAAUGUUGCUUCAUUUUCUCUACUAACUACCCUCUUGGCUUCUCUUUUCUUUUUUCAAACCAAAACAGGUCAAUUCCAUUUUUUUGAGUUUUCAAGAAAGCUUAGUGCAUUACCUCACCAAAGCCAAUUAGUACUAUGUAAAGCUGGGCCAAAAAUAAGAAAACUUGGGAGAUGGAGGGGUGGGAAGAUGCCAGUGAGGAGGACAGAGGAAGAUUACUUUUAAUUAUUUAAAAGCAUAGGAAGUCUUCCAUGGGCCUAGGCGUAUAUGAUUAAGAACUCUUGCAGCACAUAAACCAGCAAGAACCAAUCUUCGCUUCUGCAGAUAAUUUUGAUGAUUUUUUUCCCAGCUAGGCAGAUAAUGAUAGAAAUGACUGCUUCUCCAAAUAGGAACAACUGAGAAAAAUAAAUGCAAUGUUUCUUCACCACAAAACCCAACCCUUCAAUUCUCAUUGUUCCAAAACCCAGUUUUCUAUAAUAGUUUUCUCAUUGAAUUAAAUGCUUAGAAAAAUUGUUAAGAAUUUCCUUUUACAUAGUGUUUUACAUAGUGCUCCUGAUCGAUCCAGUGAGGGACAUUUAGUAACAUUUGCAUUUGUAUGGUACUAUCUGCAGUUAGAUUUGUGUAAGAGACUGAGUAGCUGCAGAACAAAAUUACUAGUCAUCUUAGGUGGAAUGAAUGGCACAAAUUCAUUACAGCAGUGCUUCUUAACCUUUUAGGGUUAUAGGCCCUUUGAGACCAAAUGAUCUUAGAAACUUUGUUACCCAGGAAGAUGCAUAUAAUGUAGAUAACUCCCUAAAGUUCACAGUAUUGUAGUGGUUCCUGGGCCCGUGGUUAAGAUCACAUGCUACAGUAUAAUAGGGCAUCAGCCUUUUCUCCCUGCAAAGCCCAUAAAAAAUACAUUGAGGACAUCAAAAUAAUGAAUCUGUUUUAAGGAACUGUUUCGCUCUUUAAAAGACAGGGAGGUAGGUGGGGGCCUCAGUGAGAAUCUGGUAUUAAAAUAUCCUUUUUAAAAUUGGUAACUUGUUGGAGAAAGAGAGUGAUUAGUAUUUGGACUAGUUUUGGAUAAUGAUAUUUCUAAGUUUGCCACUUUGAAUCUCAGCAGAAAAGAGGUAAAAUGGAAAUGUUUAUGGAACAUUUCUGACCAGCACAGUGUAGAUUUAAUAUAUACAAACAACACAUUUAACUGUCAGCUCUCACUCAGGUUUUAAAGAUUUUGAGGUUCCUGGUGUUAGAGUUCAUUAAAUGUUUAGUUCACUUCAACUUCUGAGAAAUUAGAUAUUACUGACACAAAAUGUUAAAAUAGGAUCUAACAUACAGCCACCAAUAUACAGGAUUAAUAAGGUUUCUCUUAAACAUACCUACCAUGAAAAAAUUGAUUAUUUUACUGCAUUUGUUGUCAAAAUUGAGAUGUUUGGUUCCAGGUUAUUUAAUUCCAAUUUGUGGGAAUUUUGAAACAGACUGUCUUACCUGGUUAGCCCUUAACUAAUCUGCAGAAAAAAUAUCUUAUUUAUAGUAAUAUGCCCCAACACUGGUUGGUUUCACUCUUGAAUUGAUUUAUUUCAUUUAAUUUGUAUAAAUGUUAUGAGUGUAGAAACCAUGUACAUGUUAAAAGCAUGUUGCAGUAUAUUUGGAUUCAUUUUUUUAAAUCCAUACAUGUAAAACUAAUACAAUUGCAGAAAUAUUCCUCCUAAACACAGUAUAACAAAACACAGUAACUCACCCACUGUUGGCAAUUUAUGUGAUCCAGACUUUUAAAGAAAUUCCAAAAAUGUAUAUGUUGUAUAAUGUACCAUUUCCUGGUCCAAAGAAAAUAUGUGAAUUCAGUUCUAACUUUAAAGAAUGUACUUUUUGUUUUCACGUCCAUUGAAGAAACUGCAUUCAGCCUGUAGAAUGGUUGUAGAUUGUAUGAGAUGACAAGUAGAACUAAUUCUAGCUUGCAAAACUGGUGCCACUAAAUAAACAGGCAAUUGCAUAA